UUGCUGAACUCAAAUGGUUGUAUAAAGCUGGUAUAAGCAAAAAAAGAGAAAAAUCAUGUAUUUUGUGAGAAAUAUGCCAUUGGAAUUAAUCGUGUGUAUAUUUUUAUUGUCAGGUUUUCAAGCCAAAGAAGUGCACUUGGAAACUGAAUCGACCAUUUUGAUCGAUGCGAAGAAAUUUUUGGAAAUUUUCAAAAAAUCAAAUGAAACCACUGUUUGUGAUGAGAAUGAAGAGUAUUUAGAAUGUGGUAAAAAGUGUAUGUUGAGCUGUCGAUACUCUGCAUCAUCGUUUGGCAUUGCACUCUCCGAAGAUGAGUGCGAAAAAACUGAAUGCGUCAAAGGAUGCUUUUGUAAAGAUGGUUUGGCGCGACAAAGAGAUAAAUGUGUACCUGUGGCAGAGUGUUCAUCUCGUCAAAGCAAAGCAUUUGAUAUUGAAAUGGACACAUCAUACAACUCUGAGCCAGCCAGACGUUUUCAAGGUAUGAAGCCUCCGUGUGGACCUCAUGGAUGUUCGUCGAGUGCUGUAAGCUGUGGUGCAGGUGGCUGUGGAUCGACUUGUGGCCCAAAAGGGUGUACAACCCAUGGAAAUGGAAUCUCUAUACAUAAUUAUAAUCAAGCUGUCGCCAACGGAGGAGGUAAUGGAGGAGGAGGUAAUGGAGGAGGAAGUAAUGGAGGAGAAGGUAAUGGAGGAGGAUUUAUUGGAGGAGGAAGUAAUGGAGGAGAAGGUAAUGGAGGAGGAUUUAAUGGAGGAGGAAGUAAUGGAGGAGAAGGUAAUGAAGGUAAUGGAAAUGAUUGUGAAGAUGAUUAUUGUGGAGGAUCGGGACAUGGGCAUGGCCACGGACAUGGUCAUGGCGGUAAUAAUCAAGCCAACAACAACAACAAUAACAACAACAACAAUAAUAAUAAUAACAACAACAAUCUAAUCAACGGUAUACCUAUCAACGGUGGAAAUGUAUGCAACAGUGGAAAUUGUGGUGGACAUUACCGUCCGAGUCGCCCUUAUCAACCAUACCCUCGUCCAUCAUAUCCUCAUCCUUAUCCUCAUUCUUAUCCUCAUUCUUAUCCUCAUUCUUAUCCUCAUUCUUAUCCUUAUCCUACUUCAGGUGAUUACCCAUGGGGUGGAAAUUACUGGGGUAAUGGGGGAGGAUUCAAUUACUGGGGCGGUAAUGGAAUAUACUAUCCAGGUGGCAACUAUCAAGGUGUCUAUUAUCCAGCUGGUUAUUAUCCAACUUAUCCUUGGUUAUUGUUUAACAACGGCAUUAAUAAUGGAGGAACGACUACUGGUGGAACGACUACUGGUGGAACGACUACUGGCGGAACGACUACUGGCGGAACGACUACUGGCGGAACCACUGGUGGAAUCAAUCUUGAAACACCCGCAACCCCUACAAUUGAAAACAGACUUGACGAAGCUGCAGGGGAAUCAAUCUUUAAUGAAACAAUUAACGGUGUAACUACGGAAUACAAAACAAACGCCUUCAAAGUUAUUUAUCCAAACGGAACUAAGACAUAUACUUACAACGAUCCGUCUGCCUUCGUUAUACAAAAUCCAGAUGGUACUUUUUCUGGCGACGUAAAUACCAUCCUGGCUUUAUUCUCUCGUUUAUUCUCUCGUUUAUCAAGUUCAUUCCGUAGCAACGAACAAAUUGUCAGAACACCACAUAAUCAUCAAAAUGACAAUGAGAAAAUUUUAGCUGCAACACCUUCAAAUGAAUAUCCCUCUAUUCAGAAUUUAUUUAAUACAAACUUUUCGCCAUUUACAACAUUGGUUGGCGCCGCAAUAACGCCAGUAGUCAUUCCAGGCUUUUCACCCGCAUCAAAACCAGAAUUGUUUGAUAAGAAAAAACCGUCUCAUAAUCAUGGUAGCAGUUCGAAAAAUCCAACUGAAGAGUCUGAGAAGAAAACAAAUAUAAUGUUUUAUAUACCAAAUUUACAAUAUUAUUCAGGCGUAAAUCCAUUGAACAGCCUAGAAAAGCAUUCGUCAUUUGCACCAAAUCAAGUUCCACAAAAAAAUCAAGCCGCUUAUUUCAAUUAUUUGAACACAUAUAAGCCAAAUGUGCCAAACUUUAACGGUGAACUCCAAUACAUUGUUUUGAAUAAUGACUUUGUACCUGAAUAUGCUCAGCCGAAUGCUCAUUUUAAUGGACCAUUCAACAUUCCAAAUGAGCACCCAUAUGCACAUUCCAAUCCAAGUUUCAACACACCGAACAACGGGUACAAUCCAUCAUUAAAUUCACCGUUUAAUGGAAUUAAUCCAACGCCAACAUUCAUAAACAUUCAACCACUUCCGUUGGCAAAGAAAACAAACUCCAAGGUUCAUACAAUAAAACCAGUGGAAAUAAUUGAUAAAUCAGAUGAAAGCGAAAUAGAAACACCAGUUAAACGACAGCCAAGACAAUGAAUAGAACUUAGCUGAAAUCGCAGAGGUAGUUACUACUACACAUCAGAAGAAAAAUAUUCUUACAAAGAGUAAUGCAAUUGACUUGCUUGAAGAAAAAGAAAUUAAAUUUUAUGAUGUAUUUAUUGAAAAA